AUGGCACUUACUCGCGACAGCAUUGGCGACCCUGUUGCUGAUCGUGCUAUUCGAAGCUUUCAUCGGGAAAUGGACCAAAUAGUUCGCGACUUCUUCAAAGACUUUGCUGCAUUUGGCAAAGGUAGUCGUGGUGGACAGCAAACUGACGCUGAUAAUACUUGGAUUCCCAAUGUCGAUGUUCGCGACAGCGGUCGAGAAUAUUAUGUGACAGUCGACCUCCCAGGUGUUCCUAAAGACAAAGUAAAAGUUGAUGUUUGUGGUGUCUCUUUGAUCUUUUCUGGUGAAAGACCCCACAACGGACAAGAAAAUCAACGAGGCAUCUACAGUGAACGUCCUAAAGGCCGAUUCACGCGCACAAUCCCAUUGCCAACCGGUGUUCAAGCCGAUAAGGUAGAAGCGAAGUUCGAAGAUGGGGUCCUCCAAGUUAAGGUUCCUCGCUCCGAAGAAUCCAUCGCGUUAGUUUUUCUGGACAUUAAUAAUGGUUGUGUAUUUGCUAGUGAUUUUACUCCUGCUCCCCGAGCGGGUCAUGUUGCAAUUUUAGUAGACCAGAAAAUUGUAUUUGUAGGCGGAAAACUCGAUAAUGUUACAAAUUCAAGAGAAAUAUUUUAUUUAGACCUUCAAAAUGGAUUGAAUUUAAGUAGUAGUAAUAGUAGUGGUCUUGAAUUUGGUACAUUUAAUGAGACGAUACCAUCGGAAAUAGGAGGAAUUUCACUGGCAGCUUCUGCAGCCGGUAUAACAAAUAAUUUGCCAAUGAUUGAAAUAUUUGGAGGGUUAACCAUUGUUGACCAACGGGACAUCAAAAAUGGCACAAAUAGCACAUAUCCAAAAAGCAUAAAUUCAUUUUUCUCGAUAAAUAUACAGAAUACGACGAAUAGUAUAUCAAUAAAAGUGUUAAAUGAUACAAUACCAAAUAGACCGAGUUCUCGUUAUCGAGUGAACUCUGUGAUGGAUAAAUAUUCGCGAUUUUAUGUUUUCGGGGGAUCAAAUUCUGUAAAUGAUACAAAAAUGUAUGUUUAUGAUUAUUGGAAAGAAGCAUGGACAAGUGUACAAUCCGUGAAUGCGCCAACGCCAAUUUCAGGUUAUAGCGCUACACUUUUACCGAACGGGCAAAUAUUUUAUAUUGGAGUCUUCAAUACAAAUAAUAGUCAAUGGAAUUUUUUGAAUGCCACCAGCGAGAAAACGAUUCCCAGACGAUUUGGCCAUACAGGAACUUUAUCAUCGGACGGACGGAAUAUUUUUAUUUUCGGCGGACUAAUAGGGUCUGAUGACAUGAAAUUAGCAGGCGAUAUCGAUAUUAUGAGUUUGGCUGUCUUAGGAAUAGAAACUUUAAAAUGGACAAGACCGAUUAUAAGUAAUAUCGAGCUCGGACCCAGCAAGAAAUUAGCCGAUCAUUCUGCUAUCCUAUAUAAUGAUUUUUUGAUUUUCGCUUUCGGUUAUCAGAACUAUAUUCUUAGCAAUCGCAUAUACAUUCUGGAUGUGGCAAACGAAACCUAUCAAUGGGUGGAAACGAUAACACGACUAAAAGGAAACAUAACAGCAACUCACAAUCCUUCAAAACCAACAAAUUCGCAACCCAGCGAUUCACAACACGUACUUCCAACGUGGGUGAUUGUUUUGAUUUCGCUUUCAGUGCUUAUGUUUAUUGUAUUUGCUGUCUGGGGAACUUUGGCUUUCUUAAAGGAGA